UGUUGUUGAUGCUUUCUGAAAUCUUAAGAAAGGUUAUGUCUUCUGAAGUCUGGCCUUCAGUGAAUAUGGUUUGUAAAAUGUUACAUUAAGUUCCUCCCUUUCUCUUACAAUUUUUUUAAAACGCAUAUUCAGUCUACAAAGUCACAGGACUUCUCGUUUUUUAAAAAGCCUCUCCUAAUUACAGUCUUGCAGAAAUACGUGUAGCCAUUUUCAUACAAGUUGCUCUCUUUUGUGUCAUUUUUCUUUUUAAAAAGUUAUUGAGUAUAGUCUCUGAAACAGAUGAAGUGGUAUCUUGCUUCGCAGGCCACCAGGUCCCUGUCCCGAAUGUGCAGAAGCAGACUCUCAUCUUUUCUUUCUUCAGCUGCAAGGAGCAAUUUCCCAGCUGAGUGUUUCACACUGGAUCAUUUUUUCUUUGAUUCUUUUCCGAGUGUACGGCUGAUGUUUAUAUUUUUCAUGUUUGCAAAUUAUGCAGUGUAUUGGUAGCAGGUGUGGUGCCCGCUUGGAUGUGCAGAGUUCACCGAUGUGUGAUCUCAAAGCCCUUGUUUUUGCUGCAUUUGCAGAUGUCAGGUUAGUGGCAUCACAUUUAUUAAUUUAUUAUUGAUUUCCUGUGUGUGUCCAAAUAAUGGGUCAAAAUUUCAUCCUCUGGACAAAAGCGUAAUACCCUUAUGGCUUACUCACACAGGAUCAGACAUCUAACUAAAACUCAAGGAAUCUCAUUCAUGCUGCAUGGGGCUGCUGCAUUUAUAUGCUGCAUGGGGCUCGGGGGGCAAAAUCCAGAAGCAUCGAGUGAUAGUUAUUAUAGAGUCUUUUUAGAUAAUUCUAAGAAUGCAAUAAGCUUAUGUUACAAGUUAAAGACAAAGUUUCGUUAAUGUACUUAAUAUCAUUGUGCCUUGAUGCCAGUUUCCUUUUUUUUCUCCACAGAUUCACAGCUGAAGUUCAAGGUUUACACAGACUUAAAUAUUCUUUCCUCAUUUGACACCUACCCUCUCUUUCAGCCUCUUUCUGAAAUAACGAUGUCUUUUCACUUCUUCUCUGGGCUUGUUUUAUGUUUGUGAUGUUAGUGAAGUGGCUGUAGCAGUCUCUGUGAUGGCUGCUGUUGGCUGGAAGUUUAGCAGGUUCCUGAAGUUUAAAGUUAACUUAUUUAUAAAGAGACAAUUGGCAAAAUUCCACGUCCAUUCCCUGUCGGACCUUAACCUACGUACCUACAUGGACUAAGCCUCUUUCCCAGCCUGGCUCCCUGUUUUCCUGUAUCUCCAGCUACCUGCCUGAGAUCAGGACCAUCUGGAAGCCACUGUUCACCCUUCUCUCUAUGGCUACAUAACUGCUUCCAGAGCAGUCACAUUGGAGGCUUCUGCUCUCUGUGGGAAUGUGGAACACCUGCAGAGCUCUCGUCUUGGCUCUGGUAGCUGCAUCAAACUUUCCACGUGUGCAUGUCCUGGAUUGCUUCCAAAGCGCUGAUACUGACUGCUACAGUCAUGCCAACGCAGCGUCAAGUAGCCGGCCGUCCUCAUCGGCUGUCAAAUCCUGGUGGAACGUGAGUUUUUCAAACCUCACGCGCGACCUGGACCGGUUCAUCGUCUCCUGUGAGAAGCUGUUAGAAUCCCUCCCAGUUGAUGACGUUAAUGGCAACUUUGUUCGCACUGUGAAGAACUGCGUAUUUUCCAAAUCCGUUCCUACCCCACUGAGAGGCCCGCUGCGACUGGCGGCCGUUUCUAAGGAUGUGAUUGAGGGUAUCUUAGAGUUAGAUGUGGCGGUAACACAGUCGGAGAGUUUCUUGCUUUAUGCAAGCGGUGGCAGACUUCUACCUGGUUCUGUACCACUUGCUCAUAGAUAUGGAGGUCACCAGUUUGGCUACUGGGCAGGUCAGCUGGGUGAUGGUCGAGCACAUUUGCUCGGUCAGUAUUUAAACAGGAAGGGGGAGGUGUGGGAGCUGCAGAUCAAAGGCUCUGGGAAAACUCCAUAUUCACGGUCUGGAGACGGUCGAGCUGUAAUCCGCUCCUCAGUGAGGGAGUUCCUGUGCAGCGAGGCGAUGCAUUUCCUUGGUAUUCCCACCAGCAGGGCUGCCAGUCUGAUAGUAAGUGAGGAGCCGGUGUUCAGGGAUCAGUUCUACGAUGGAAAUGUGAAAACAGAGAGAGGAGCUGUUGUUCUCCGGUUGGCCAAGUCCUGGUUUCGGAUUGGAUCGUUAGAAAUUUUGUCUGAAAGUGGGGAAAUAGAUCAUCUAAGAACGCUGCUGAAUUUCAUCAUCGACAAACAUUUUACUUUCAUUAGUGCAGAUGAUCCAGAAAAAUAUCUGGUGUUUUAUUCUACGGUUGUAAAUGGAACGGCACAUCUGAUUGCUCAGUGGACGUCUGUCGGGUUUGCGCAUGGUGUGUUUAACACAGACAACUUCAGUCUUCUGUCCAUCACCAUCGACUACGGACCAUUUGGCUUCCUGGAGUCGUACGACCCCAAUUUUGUCCCGAACACGUCUGAUGACGAGGGCAGAUACAGGAUGGGAGCUCAGGCCGAAGCUGGCUUGUUCAACCUGGAGAAGCUCCUGCUGGCUCUGAGGCCUUUAUUCACACAGAAACAGCAGAAACAGGCUAAAAUGAUUUUAAAUGAAUAUACGAAUGUUUACCAGAUGCGGGUUCUUCAGAUAUUUAAGACAAAACUGGGUCUUCUUGGUGAAGACGAGGAAGAUAACGACCUUAUUGCCUUCCUGCUUAAGAUGAUGGAGGACACGCAGUCGGACUUCACCAUGACGUUCCGCCAGCUCAGCGAAGUUUCGGCCAAUCAGCUUGGCAGCAUGAACUUCACGCAGGUAGAGCUGAGGUGGAAUUAGACUACACGUCUUUAACCAUAAAUACAUUUGAUGCACGCGUUUUUAGUCUUUUUAUUUUGAGUUCUUCCUUGUUUCCUGUUUUUAUUUUGUUGAGUUUAUUCACAAGUGUUUCCUGAUUCUGGUUUCUCGUAGUCACGACUGGUUUCUUUUGCUGAUUGUCUCGCCUGCUGCUCAUCAUGUGAUCGGUUCUGUGUACAUCGG